AUGGACACUCCAAAACCAUCAACGUCUUCUGGAGCAAAUACCACUCGUCGAUUCGAAAUGCUGUGCAUUAUGAUGCUCACCUUUGGGCAGUUAUGCAUCAUGACGGGAUACGAUUCACAGUCGUUCAUUUUGGAAUCGGUGAUACAUUCGAUUCAUGAGAAGGAACCCGAGAGGAUUAGUCCAUAUGCCGGGUACUAUGGCCAAGCCGUCUGCUACCUGGCCUAUGUCACCGCUUGUUUCUUCUCACCGUCCUUCCUCUAUGCAACCAGUGCCAAAACUACCCUUCUGAUCUCUUCAAUCUGCUUCACAUCGUUCCCAUUGGGCUUCUUGUUUACCAACUCGUACUACUACUAUUUUUCAUCAGCUUUAAAUGGAAUUGGAUUUGCUUUUUACUACACUGGUAACGGUGGAUACAUCACUUCCCACUCAACUCGUAAAACCAUCGAGUCCAACGUCUCUCUUUCUUGGUGUCUAGGAUGCUGUUGUAUGAUCGUUGGGUCAAUCAUAAUGGCGAUAAUCACAGCAGUAACCCAGGCGCCAGAAAUUCUGGAAACAGCAGCUAAGAUCACAAUCGGUGGUCAUGGAAUAGAAAGAAGAUUUGGGGAUAGUGAAAUCUACCUCCUAUUCUCUGUCUUCGCCGCCAUCUCCUCACUAGCCAUUUUCAUUUUCAUGCUCCUGCCAUCCCAAGAUGUCGCGAAUUGCAUAGAAUCUAGUGAUAAGCAAGUUAGCUUUACAGAUGGGAUGAAACUCAUGGCCGAUACGCUGGUCUCCUCAAAAAUGUUCAAAUUGGCGCCAACAUUCCUGCUCACAGGAAUUCAUACGUCAUUCUGGUUGUCCGUUUUCCCGACAACUUUGACUUUCAACAUGCACAAUUCGAAAUUGAUCUAUCUUCCCGCUAUUUAUGGCUUUGGAAUUGGAAUUGGAGAGACUAUAAUGGGCUGUAUCAUCUCGACUCUGAGCAAACGAAUCACGGAUUUUGGCUUGAAGCCAACUAUGCUAAUUGGUUGCGUUCUCACCACAGUAUUUUGUACAGUAGCCCUUCUAUCAACUCCAUACAAUGCCACGACAACACCGAGCCAUGAAGACCCAUUAUUGUUUCAGCCGAGUCGGGUUACUGUAUUCCUUGUAGCUGUAAUUGGCGGGAUGUCAGAUUGUUGUUUGUGCAGUGUCCGAUCAGUGAUCUGUGCACUGGCUAUGCCCAAACGCAGAGCUCAAGCGUUUUCAGUGUCUAAAAUCUAUCAGUCCCUUGGAUCUUGUGUCAUCUUCUUUAUCUCUCCAUUCCUAAACCUCUAUCAUUACGUGUUUGGAAUUCCAGUGCUAUGUUUUUUCGCUUGCAUUUUCUUCUUUCGCCAAGCUGGCCAGACUCAAGUUAUGGAACGGAAACUGACGCAAGAGCUCGAGGAAUCUGAGAAACGGUGGAUCGCUAAAGAACUGGAAGCUAUGCAACAAGCCUAA